AUGUGCUCCAGGACAGUGGCCAAGCGGCCCCAGAAGACGGUCGACGGUCCCGGUCCCGGCACUUCUUUGGGCAUCAUCGACUUGGGGGAAAUCUUCGAGUUUCCCAUCACCAAUGAUGAUCCGGACUCAUUGAUCCAGCUUCAAGUGUGGAGCACUGACUUCCGCCGUGGCAGCAUGCGUGGCAGGGUGGACGUGCCUCUCUAUGCCUUGGGAAGGAAGCACCAGAGGGAGAUGCAGCUGAGCUUGCGAGAUGUGGACCGGCCCAAGGGAGAGAACAGCGAAGUGGGCUUUCUAAGAGCAUGGUGUAGCUUUGAGCAGGACCUGGGCUCCUUGUUACUUCCUCGGCCCCAUAAGCCGCCGAAGGCCGCAUGGCAAACGGUGGGGAUCGACAAGGGCAUGCGCGAGCAGUUGAAAGAGCUGGAAACCUUCAUGCAGCAGUUCGAGGCAGAGGGUCCAUGGGAGGAACUGCUAUUUUGUAAGUGUUAA